AUUGGAAGAAUUGACAAAACAAGCAUUUGAUAAAAAUGAUUUCAUAAAGCAAGUUGAAUCAGGAUCUUGUUUUUGGGAAAAUAAUUGUGAUAACAUGAAAACAACUGAACAUAAUUCUUCAGUUAUUGAAAGUUCAUUAAGUCCUACUAAAGGAGAAUUAUCAGCUGAAGAAUCAUGGGAAAAUGCCAAUGAAAGUUUUUUGAUUGAAGCCACCCAGUUAGUCGAACGAUUGGAACAUAAUAAUUUUUCUAAAAACAAUUCGUUAAGUUCGGUAUGUGAAAAAUCCGAAGGAUUUAAAAAUGACAUAAUGAAUCAAAAUACUCCCAUACCUAACAAAAGUACUGAUCAUAAUUUGCCACAAGAACCAGAAAUGAAUUUCAAAAAAUGUGACGAAAAAGAUGAAUUUUGGGAAAGCGAUAGUUCUUUAGAAGAAAUUAUUGGCUCGUUACAAGAAGAUCAAUUAAUUAUGCCAGGAAUAACUUCUCUUUCUGACAAUGUACAAAACAAGUCAGAAUAUUCUAGUGUAGAUUUGUUUACUAUAAAUGAAAGUGAUACAUCAGAAGCAACAACAUGUGUCAAAAAUGAACUUAAAAAUGUAAAUGUCAACAUUAAAAAUUCAGUAAAAAAUGGGACAAAUGAACAAAUUUCUAAAAGUAAUACAAAAGAGAAUGGAGUCUUAGUCAACGACACUUCACCUGAAAUGAAAUCUAAAUUAUUCCAAAUCAAAACCAGUAAAAAGUGUACCCCUGAAGAAAUAGCAAAGAAAAGAGAGGAGGCAAUGAAGCGAAGGCAGAAAAACAUCAAGAAAGUGAGAUGAAAUAGAAAUAAGCAAGGUUAAGAAGUGAAAUUUUUCUAUAGCUAUUUGAAUGAUUAAUGAAUUAAUCAUGAGUGAUACUUUUUCAUUGCAAACAUUCAAACCUUUCAUAUACUUUUGUAUAUAAAUUGUGUAAAUUUGUAAAUUUUCGUUGACAAAAAUAAAAUAUUUUUUAGUAUUGGAAAAGUUUGGUUACAUUUCUGAUAAACAUUUGAUUUGUUGAUAUUAAUUCAGACUAAUCUUUUGUCUAUAAAUUUUAAAUUAUCUAAUUGAAUAUAAACAUGGUAUACUCACUUAAUACAUUCUUUUAAUGUAAACUCACUGUAACACAUUAGGUUGCCACCAAUUGACAAUUGCUAGAGGAAGCAAAUACCAUUGUUUUUAUUUUAGGACAGUUAGUUCCUUCAGAUAUUCUUGUAGGUGAGCAUAACAACAAAACUUUCUACAGUUGCUAAUUAAG